GACACCCAACCUAAUUCUGAUCAAUAGAAAAAUGACUCUCCCAAGAGAAGAAGCCAUUGAAAGUACAUCCACCAACAAACAUUACAGUGAGUCAAGAGCCAAUGAUGAUUAUAGUGAAGCAAUGGAUGAGGAAGAUCAAGGAGGGUGGCUGAACCUAAGCCUAGGUGGGAAUUUGCUAUCAACAAAUGGAGAUUCUAAAUUGCGAGCAAGACCAGCUUCCACCAAAAUUUUCUCAUGUAACUUCUGCAUGAGAAAGUUUUUCAGUUCACAAGCAUUAGGCGGGCAUCAGAAUGCACACAAGAGGGAGAGAGGUGCAGUUAGAAGAUACCAAUCCCACAGGAUGAUGUCAACCAUGGGAAUGCCUAUCAAUACCCACAUGGUUCGAUCACUGGGUGUUCAAGCUCAUUCUCUUGUGCACAAGACACACAGAGAUGGAACUGCAAGUGUAGCCAGGUUAAAUGAUGCCAACGCAGGCUUCGGAAUGGCAUUUAUGCCUUUCACACUAGAGGAUGCAAUGGAUCUGAUGUGGCCAGGCAGCUUUUGCUUAAAUCAAAAACAACCAGAAACAUCAUUAGAAUCAUCCAACCUCGACCUAAAUCUUAGACUCUGAUCAAUCUAUUCUACUGCUUCAAGUUUUGAAGUCUCUUUAAAUUCCUUUCCAACAGAAGAGUUACUAAUUCAUUCAGCCAUCCAGUAUAGAUAACUAACUCAGAUAGGAGCCUAGCAGCCUCCGUGAGUCAGAGUUCUGGUUCUACUAAUUAAGCUAGAAGAAACACCAAGAAAAUAUCCUUUCAGUGAUACAUCACAAUGUUUAUUCCAUUUUCUACUUCUUCCAAGUUGUAUAAGCCUUAGUGGUUUCAUGUUUUCUCUCCACUAACUGGACGCUACCACAAGAGCCAUAGAAUAAUCCCCAUUACCACUCACUUUUCAUCUCUCAAUGCCUAAAUAAUUCCACGUGCAUUAUUCCAAUACAUCACCUAAUCUGUAAAAGGUAUUGGCAUGCUAGUUACUGAAAUCAGUCUUCUAUUAUUAUUUUUUUCUUUUCUGCGAAUUAUUUCAUCUGAACUAUGUAAUAAUUGUAUAAAUCAUCAUGACUGAG